UGAGCUGGCUCUGUUUCUUGUUUCGCUCAGAUCACACUCCCUCUCUCUUCCUGUGUCUCUCUCGCUCCCUGAAAAUCCAUGGUCAAAAGCUCGCAUUUAAACCCUAGUUUCCAGCAAGUGUGAAGAAAUAUAAGAUUUGAAUUAUAGAAAAAAAGAAAAAAAAUAGUCUAAUUCAUUUCUUCUCACUCUCGCGCCGCGCUCGAUCGUUUUCUCUCUGUUUCUCGUACUUUCUCCGGGUUUCUCGAACUUUCUCCGAGCUUCUCGCGGUGUGCGGUUACAGAGCGCGCGAGAGAGAGGGGAGAGGCGUCGAGCAUUUCAGCACCGUAGAGACUUGUGCUGUAUGUCAGUAGACUGUGUAGAGACUUACUGUGGUGGAAUUGGUGAGCUCGCGAACCCCUUGCAAUGGCCUCAGCUUCGAAAAAAACGUCGUCUUCUUGUUGCUUCCACUCCGAUUCGGCUCCCAUUCCACGCGAGGCGGCGCCGGCUCCGAACGCCGUUGUUUCGGCCUCCGUGGUUCAAGAUUGGACCGCCAUCGCGGGUUCCGAGGAUAGGCGCGAUGAUCAGCGCCCCAAGAAGAUCGCGAUGGCGUCCUUGAUUCCCGAAUCUUCCGCCAAUGCAUCCACCACUGGCAUCCCGAUCAUGCUUAGGCCUCAAACAAGGCAUCCACUGGACCCUUUAUCUGCUGCCGAAAUCUCUGUGGCUGUGGCAACUGUCAGGGCUGCUGGAGCCACACCUGAGGUUAGAGAUAGUAUGCGUUUUGUUGAAGUUGUUCUACUGGAACCAGAUAAACACGUUGUAGGUUUAGCAGAUGCGUACUUCUUCCCCCCUUUCCAACCAUCAUUGCUUCCCAGAACCAAAGGUGGACCUAUAAUCCCGACUAAGCUUCCCCCAAGGCGAGCUAGACUUGUUGUGUACAACAAAAAGUCUAAUGAGACAAGCACAUGGGUUGUUGAGCUGUCAGAAGUGCAUGCAGCCACUCGAGGUGGACAUCACAGAGGAAAAGUAAUAUCCUCACAAGUUGUUCCAGAUGUUCAGCCUCCCAUGGAUGCUGUGGAGUAUGCUGAAUGUGAAGCUGUUGUGAAAGACUUUCCUCCAUUUAGAGAGGCUAUGAAGAAGAGGGGUAUUGAAGAUAUGGACCUCGUGAUGGUUGAUGCCUGCUGCAGGUGCGUUGGUUACCAUAGUGAUGCUGAUGCUCCCAGUCAAAGACUUGCUAAACCACUUAUAUUCUGUAGAACUGAGAGUGACUGCCCAAUGGAAAAUGGUUAUGCACGCCCAGUUGAGGGCAUCUAUGUACUUGUUGAUAUGCAAAACAUGGUGGUGGUAGAGUUUGAAGACCGUAAGCUUGUUCCUCUACCUCCAGCUGAUCCAUUGAGGAACUAUACUCCUGGUGAAACAAGAGGUGGUGUUGAUCGAAGUGAUGUGAAGCCUUUACAAAUUCUUCAGCCUGAAGGUCCAAGCUUUCGUGUUAAUGGGUACUUUGUGGAGUGGCAGAAGUGGAAUUUUCGUAUCGGAUUCACUCCUAGGGAGGGAUUGGUUAUAUAUUCGGUGGCAUAUGUUGAUGGCAGUAGAGGACGAAGGCCUGUAGCCCAUAGGUUGAGUUUUGUGGAAAUGGUGGUGCCAUAUGGCGAUCCAAAUGAUCCGCAUUACAGAAAAAAUGCUUUUGAUGCUGGGGAAGAUGGCCUGGGUAAAAACGCACAUUCUCUCAAGAAGGGGUGUGAUUGUUUGGGGUAUAUCAAAUACUUUGAUGCACAUUUUACAAAUUUCACCGGAGGUAUUGAAACUAUUGAAAAUUGUGUAUGCUUGCACGAAGAAGAUCAUGGAAUUCUGUGGAAGCAUCAGGACUGGAGAACAGGCUUAGCAGAAGUGCGCAGGUCAAGGCGGCUAACAGUGUCAUUUAUAUGUACUGUGGCUAAUUAUGAGUAUGGAUUCUUCUGGCACUUUUAUCAGGAUGGGAAGAUUGAAGCUGAAGUUAAACUUACAGGAAUACUCAGUUUAGGAGCACUGCAACCUGGAGAAGUUCGAAAAUAUGGUACUGUUAUUGCACCAGGGUUAUACGCACCAGUUCAUCAACAUUUUUUUGUUGCUCGUAUGGAUAUGGCUGUUGAUUGCAAACCUGGGGAAACUUACAAUCAGGUUGUGGAGCUGGACGUAAAGGUUGAGAAACCUGGGGAGAAUAAUGUCCACAGCAAUGCAUUUUAUGCUGAAGAGACACUUCUCAGGACUGAAUUGCAAGCAAUGCGUGACUGUAAUCCUUUGACUGCUCGCCAUUGGAUUGUAAGGAACACGCGAACUGUUAACAGGACUGGACAGUUAACAGGCUACAAGCUCGUACCUGGUUCAAACUGUUUGCCAUUAGCCGGUUCUGAGGCCAAGUUUUUGCGAAGAGCAGCAUUCUUGAAACAUAACCUUUGGGUUACACCAUAUGCCCAAGAUGAGAUGUUUCCUGGAGGAGAGUUUCCAAACCAAAAUCCACGUGUUGGUGAAGGAUUGGCCACAUGGGUUAAGAAGAACCGAUCUCUGGAAGAAACUGAUAUUGUUCUUUGGUAUGUUUUUGGAAUAACACAUGUACCACGAUUGGAAGACUGGCCUGUCAUGCCGGUGGAGCGCAUUGGGUUUAUGCUCAUGCCUCAUGGAUUCUUCAACUGCUCUCCAGCGGUGGAUGUUCCACCUAGUGCAUGUGAAUUGGAGGCCAAAGACAAUGAUGUAAAAGACAAUGGGGUAGCCAAGCCAAUUCCGAAUGGCUUGCUAGCAGCAAAGCUUUGAAGCCAAAAAAAAAUACUGUCAUCUGUCUCUUCCAAUACAUUUCAAUAUUCCCACUUCCAAUUUCAACUGGGCGCGCAGAAAACACGUAGCCUUUGUUUGGUCUUUUUUUGCUAUUCAGACACGCUUUCUGUGAAUCGAGCUAGAUUUCUUCUUGUUUUUUUUGUUCAUUUUUAAAAUUGUUUUUCGAUUUCAUACUUUUUAAUGAGACCCCUCCUUUAUGCUUUGCAAGGGUUUCGCGGCAACUCACAUUAAGCUUCUAACACGAAACAUAAAAGAAAGAAGGCUCCAUCUUCUUCAUAUACGACAAUUCCACUUCACAUUCA